AUGAAAACUCUGAAUUACGUACCGCUUAAACGUCACGAUGAUUUACGAGUCGGUGUGUUUGCAACGCUGGAAUGUCUGAAACAGUCCUUUCAGUAUAACGGCAGGAAUGUGAACUUUCAACCAACAUCUAGUAGUAAAGCUACAGUCAAUGUCAAGAAGUUAUCACUUCCCAUGUUUGGAGCCAUGAAGGGAGGCAGCAAAUUCAAACUGAAGACUGGAACUAUAGGAAAUUUACCCCCAAAGCGAACCACUCUGCCCCCUGAGCUUUUCAACAUGAAGGAGCUUCCCCCUGGUGGAGAGGAAGAGGAUGAUGAAGAACAGGAAUAUGAGAACACAGAAGACACAGACACAGAUUGUGAUCUGGAGGUUAUUCAGUCUACAGAGAUGGGCAGUCCAGAACACUGUCAUGGCAAUGAUAGCUCUGAAACUCACACAUACCGCCAUAAUGACACGGAUGACCAGCCUGAUAAGACAGUAACAUCUCAUGAAAAAAAGAAAGCCAAAUCUGUUCAUCUACAUAGUGAGAAUGCCCCUCCUCCAAAAGAGGGAUGUGACAAUAGUGUCUCUAAUGUCCAGAGUUCAAAGAAUCUGAAGAAGAAAGUAAUAGGACCAAGCAGGCCACCUGUGACCAUGUCCAAGCAGUACCCAGAAGAUGAUCCUGACUACUGCGUCUGGGUUCCUCCAGCAGGUCAGACUGGUGAUGGUCGGACACAUCUGAAUGAUAAGUACGGCUACUGAGCACAGAAAAGGAAGACCAUCCUCAAAUCAGCUUAACUCCUUAUCUUAGUAUCGAGAGAAAGGAUGCACUAUGUCGAUCUCUUUCCUCUUUAUACAUCAUCUCAUGGAACUGUCACAAGUAGCUCAAAUGAGCUCAAAAUGUUUUUAGAUGUUGUUUUCAAGCAUUUUUGUUUUCUGACUUUAAUUUCCUUUCUCACAACAUUUUUAGCCUGGGGUCAUGAACUAAGAUAGGAUGGAUGUAGUUUUUAAGGUGAGGUUCCUUCAGGUUGAGGUCAGGUGAUUUUGAUAUUCUGGGUUGCUUUUGUGGAAAAGUAUUGAUUGACACACAGUUUUUUUCUGGAUUUGGGAACUGGCAUAACAAACGUGUCCAGCAUUGCAUGUAUGACUUGUUCUACAUCCUGCUCAUGAAGCAGGAAACUAUAGGCUGCCAGCAGCUGUUCAAUUGUUGUUCAAAUGUUAAAGCACUGUACUAUCAAACAACCUGUUGUUGACAAAUCUCUAUAUACAGCUUGCUGUUCUGUGAUUAGUUUAAUAAACUAAAGAGGGCUCUGUGAAUAUUCAGUUCUCUGUUCUGGGUCACUCUCAGAGCAAUGGUAGACUCCCUCCUCAGCUUGGCUGUGGUACCACCCUCCGCAUGGCAAGCUCCAACUGAAGUGGACCUCUAUUGAAUGGUAACGAUACCUCCUCAGAGUGGUGGCUUUACCAGCCAUCUGGACUCUUGCUCGGCAUUCUGGGAUUAGCAAGAUGUUAAUGAAUCUGUGUUAAUGAGAAAGGGAGUGAGUUUAGCGCUGUGUGUGUGUGUUCUUUUUCUUGGACUUAAUGAAGAGUGACUCAGUAUUGGGGAUGUAAUGUGUGUGUGUUUGUGUGUUCAGAUAUGGAUUAGGCCCCUCCACAUAUGCUACUACACACUAGCCGAUCUGCUUAUGCUCUUCAAUUCUCCAUUGUUAGGAGAAAUGUUACUUGUCUUUUGCAAAAUAAAAAUGUAUGGCAUCUACUGCUAAAAUGGUUUUAAUUGUUGUUGUUUUUUUGAUAUGUGCUCACUUGUGUAAUUAAAAGAUAUAUAUAUAAAAUACGUAUGAACUACUGUGCUAUUUUUUCAGUGCAUGUUUACAUUUAAGCAUUUAGCAGCUAAUAUGGUAUAACUGUUACUUGUCCAUGCAUGCCCUGGGAGUUCUAUGGCCCCGGUAAGAUCUAUUGGCUCCAUCUUUGACAGAAGUUUUGGUUUUUAUUUAAUUUCAGUUUUCCAAAUCAAACAAACUGUUUUACAGUAAUGCCCUUAUUAUAUGGGCAAAGUUUUCUGAAGAAUUUAACUGCAUGAUUGUAGAUGUUUGUAGACAUUUGUGUAAAUAUAAUUUUUGUGACUCAUGUAAGGUAUAUGCUGCACACUGCUUAUCCUACAAGAAACCGAUUUGAAAGGCGUCUAACUGACUUUCUUCCAGAUAUCUCGAUUUCUCCAUUCCUGGCUGAAUGCCUUUGGCCCCUCACCACACCCGGUGCUGACGUCACCCUCCAGUUCCCUGUUCACAAACAUACAGCUUAUCGCUCUGCUUUGAAUCUGGCUCAGACAGGCCUGUGGAAUCAGCCCACGCUGGAACAAGAAUGCUCCUUUCAGGUGUAUAAAGAACCUGAAAUGUUGGCAGACAUGCUCACCCAAUAUGGGAUUACUUUUGUGUCAAUAAAAAUGAAUGCAAACUUUAAAAAAAAAACGAACAAAAAUAAACGAGACAGAAAAAAAACACUU